ACUUUCUGGCUGCCUGGUAGCUAGCUGCGUCCCACCCCCAGUUCUUGUGCGGUCCCCCGCGCCUUCCGAUAUCCGCGCGCUUUUUCCCCUUGCUGACCCCUCCGGGCCUUCUGCCUCUGGUCGCCCGGGGCUCGCCGUGCCGUCGCCCUUGGCUGUCUUCUGAGGAAAGAUGAAUGGCAGAGCUGAUUUUCGAGAGCCGAAUGCUGAAGUUACAAGACCAAUUCCCCACAUAGGGGCUGAUUACAUUCCGACAGAGGAAGAAAGAAGAGUCUUCGCAGAAUGCAAUGAUGAAAGCUUCUGGUUCAGAUCUGUACCUUUGGCUGCAACAAGUAUGUUGAUUACUCAAGGAUUAAUUAGUAAAGGAAUCCUUUCAAGUCAUCCCAAAUAUGGUUCCAUCCCUAAACUCAUUUUUGCUUGUAUCAUGGGAUACUUUGCUGGAAAGCUUUCUUAUGUGAAAACUUGCCAAGAGAAGUUCAAGAAUCUUGAGAAUUCCCCUCUUGGAGAAGCUUUACGAUCAGGACAGGCACGACGAUCUUCACCUGGGUACUAUUCUCAGAAGCCAAAAUAUGACUCAAAUGUGAGUGGGCAUUCGUCUUUUGUGACACCCCCAGCAGCAGACAACAUGGAAAAAGAGAAGCUUCCUCGUUAUGAGCCAAUUCCAUUUAGUUCUUCUAUGAAUGAAUCUACUCCCACUGGUAUUACUGAUCAUAUCGCCCAAGGACCUGAUCCCAAGCUUGAAGAAAGUCCUAAAAGAAAAAGUAUUACGUAUGAGGAAUUAAGGAAUAAGAACAGAGAGUCAUAUGAAGUAACUUUAGCACAUAAGACCGACCCCUCAGUCAGGCCUAUGCAGGAAAGAGUACCCAAAAAAGAAGUCAAAGUAAACAAAUAUGGAGAUGCUUGGGAUGAGUGAAACAUUGCAUCCUUGGACCUACUGAAGGAGUUUCAGUAUCCAGCUUCAUCUGGGUGGUCAUAUCUGCAUGCUUUGAGUUCAGCAGCAGUCUUCAUAAACACUUAAAAUAAGAACCUGGGUUUUUUGUGGUUUGGCUUAUUAAAAUAAUGUUUAAAAAACAGAUUUUAAUGUUAAUAUUGUGUGAAUAUAUUCACC